GUGUGCAUGAAGAGAGGAGGAAAAAGAAGAGAAGAGAGGUCAGUUGAAUUAAAGGCAGUGAGAUCUGAGUCUGGAGAAAGAUGCGGAUCUGGGAGUGUUUCACCCUGUUCUGUAUCUUCAUGAUCGACCCGCCGCGCAGCAGCACUGCGUUUAUCAUCCAGCAGCAGAAUCAAACACCUCUGCCACCUAGCUCGAUCCGUCUGGCUGAUGUCACCGUACAGCCGUGCGGCCAACCCGAGACCAACGGCAAAGUCCAGCAGGAUCAAAGGAAAUCCCGGGGCUUUCCUGAAGGAAAAAGUCCUCUGGACCCUCUGUCUAUCAGCCCUGUGAAGCUGAAAAGAAAUCAGAAAGAGAAGCAGAGCAGGCGGCCCAAGGGCUCUCAGAAAAGGCGAGGAGGAGCCGGUUCACUUCAGAUCACGAGCGGGAAAAACGCUUCGUUCACCGAGUUCAGAUCUGAGCAGAGCGCGUCUGUAGAUCCAACUGAAAAGACCAACAACACCGCCACCAUAACUACCACCAGAAGCAGCCAGCAGCGUUUGGAGACAUCCGGAGCCACGUCCAUCACGAACACGGAGAAAAAUCCAUCUGGCAAAACGAGAACUUCCAAACCGGGGUCCAGGACCGGCUUCGUUCUUCCAAUCGAUCGCAUCGGGCUCGGACGCCUACCAAGUGGAAGACGCUAGAAAAUCAAACUUUUUUUUUUUUUUAGUUGUUUAGUUUAUGUCUAAAUGCUAAACUUUUAGGAGUUUCAGAUUGUUUGCAGUGGAAAAUCUGUUUAUUGUCUGAGAAAUCACUGUAAUAUCGUGUUGCACUGAGUAUCCAAUACAGGAAGGGUUUGAUUUCAUGCACGAGUAACAUUGCACGAGUAGAUCUCUGGGUGGAUUUUCUGGUUUAUUUAAUGCAGAUAAAAAACUAUUUUCAAAAAACGAAACAAAUAAAUAAAAGUGGAAUCUGUCAGAGAACGGGCGCCUUUACGAGAAAACAGAAUCCAGACCCAAACGCAGGGACGGAAGACAGAUGGGGUUUUAUUAAUAACAGCAAACAGUAAUAAACUGGGAGAAAAAAAUGAGCAACUAAAAUAAAAAUUAAAAUACAAGAAAACAAAAAAAACAACAUAAAACCGAGAACACCGGAUAACAAACGAGGGAACUGUCCAAACCAACACCACCAAAUCGACCAUUUUUAAAAGAAAAGAAUGUAGUGUUCAUUAAAUGGAAUUAAAAGACUUUUUUCAAUUG